GCUGCUCAUUUCCCUGUGAUAACAUGAUAUUACGCAUCUCCCACUACUCCAGGCAGAGAGUGAAACGUUUCGGUUAGAAGUUUUUAUUCAUCUGUACUUGUGAUAAGAAAUGGAGGGUCUGAUAAUAAAUAAAUAAUCACUCCCAUGAAGUGAAAACUCAGAUCAUGAGUAUAACAUGGAGAGAAUACACCUCGUGACAAAAAUUUAAGUUAUCAUUUUGAAAUAUUGACGAACUUCACAAAAUUCAAUUCAAAAUUCAAUUCAAAAAUCAAAUAAUAAUUAUUAUCAUUAUCACAAUAAUUGCAUGAAUAUUUUAAAAAUCCUUGGGGACGGUAGAAUAAUUCUCUCUAAUUGAAACACCUGUGCUGUCAUUUAUUGAAUAUUCCCGCACUCAUAGAGUACUUCAGCGCUGCAUGGGAAAACGAACUCAUUACGUGAAUUAUAAAUAUAUAGAUAACUCAAAAAUUGUACUGGACAGUAUAGUCCCACCGGCCUGACAGAAAACACGUGUACUUCCUGGGAAUUGAUUCCGAUUCAUUCAGAGCUUCUCCAGGAUUGUCAUCAUGGCCAUGGAGGCCGUGCAAAACCCCACUGACAAGAUUAAACACUUGAAACUGGGAAUCAUUGACUUUGUGGCUGGCUCUCUUGGGGGUAUUGCACUGGUUUAUGUCGGUCAACCACUGGACACAGUCAAAGUCAAGAUGCAGACAUUCCCUGAUUUAUACAAAGGCAUGACAGAUUGUUUUCUCAAGACCUUCAGACAGGAUGGAAUUGCCAGGGGUCUGUUCGCCGGUACUGCACCCGCACUCGUAGCCAAUGUCGCCGAAAAUUCUGUCCUUUUCGCGGCUUAUGGAACGUGUCAAAAAAUCAUAGCAAAUUUGUCAGGGAAACAGAAAGUCGAGGAGUUGAAUGCCUUUGGUAAUGCCAGUGCUGGAUUUUUCGCUGCAUUUUUUUCGUCGUUAACUCUAUGUCCUACAGAACUCAUAAAAUGUCGACUGCAGGCGAUGAGAGAAGUUCAGUCGCAACAACUCAAGCUCGGCAUGAAAGUUAAACGAAUAGGCCCUUGGACCCUGACGAAGGACAUAGUUCAUCAGAAUGGAUUCAGUGCGCUCUUCAGGGGAUUGUCCUCGACUAUAGCUCGAGAAAUGCCAGGGUAUUUCUUCUUCUUCGGUGGUUACGAACUGACGAAGCAACUCCUGGCAAAACCAGGACAGAGCACAGAGGACAUUGGAUGGCAAAAGACGAUGAUUGCUGGUGGAGUCGGAGGGAGUCUCCUCUGGCUAGUGAUUUUCCCUGCUGAUGUUGUAAAAAGUCGUAUACAGGUACAAAGUUUAACAGAUCCAGCACUAGUCAUCAUGAAGGAGAUUGCGAGAAAGGAGGGAAUUGGUGCUCUCUACAAUGGCUUGAAGCCAACACUCAUCAGGACCUUUCCAGCCACUGCCACUCUCUGCGUGACGUACGAGUACUCCAGAAAGUACAUGCAGUCACUCUUAGGGCUCUGAUCCAGGUGAAAAAUUAGUUGUAAUUCUCAGCUGUCGGUAUUUAGCAAUUUUUUAUUGCUGGCGCGUAUUUUUUAUGAAGAGUAAUCCUGAAACAUUCUUUUGGAGUUUUUUCUACUGCCAGGAUCCCUUGAACUCGAGAAUAAAAAAUACAUGCCGAUAUUUCAUAUCUUAUUUCGUCACUUUAUUCAAUAAGAAAAUUUUUAUAUU